ACCUUUUAGUGAUUUUUUUCUUUUUUCUUUUAAAACACACCGCGAUCGGGCAUGUCGGAGAAUAGCGCGCUGGUAGCACGCUGGCACACGGCUAAAUGCAGAGAAGGGAUAGAACAGAUAAUCUGCUGUGCGAUGUGAAGAAGAGACUCCUGUUCAUCAUGCUAACAUCUGAGGAUGAAGAACAGCUCGAGGAGGAAGAUCAGGUUGUUCCUGCUCUGUUGCCUCAUGGAGGAUGAUUGAAACUCCAGCUCCAUCUGGUGACCCUGAGCCAAUCAGAGAGCAGCAGGAAGUGUGCCUCCACCAAUCGCAGCGCUCGCAGGAGACAGAGGGAUGAGCCUGUGUUCACAGACGCCGAGCAGCUGUGAGAGAGCGAGAGGAGGGAGGAAUGAACAGAGGAGAGAGUGUGUCCUACAGGGAUGGAGAGACUGGGAUGCGGUUGCUAGGCAACAGUGAGGAGGAGACCUUCAUCUUUCUGCAGCUCGUUCCACAUUGAGCAAAAGCACGGGGAAAGGUUCUCAGUUCAUACGGAGGGAUAUAAAAGCUUUUCCAGGGAACGAUACGGAAAGAGAACGACUGGGAAAAGGGGCGGAGCCUCCAGGUGUUAUUACGUAAUCUGGACUGGGAUUAUGUGUCGGGAAUCCUUCUGCGAUUCAGGGAUGAAUGAUGAAAAGCGGGAUCCUGCAUGUCAUCGGUUCUAUAUGUCAGAGAGACUGAGAGCUUGUCUUCGGGACUGUCCUGAAAUCCUCUUUGUCUGAGGAGAAACACAGACGUGACCAGCUUCACCCCCCACACACACACACACACACACAGUCAGAUCUGAACACACUCAUCUACAAUAAGCAUUAUGGAUGUCAUGAAGAGCUGAGAGAUCGACAGAGCUGAAGGGGAACAGAGACUGCGGAGAGAAACUCUUCUGUUUGUGAUCAGGAGCUGAGGAUGGGAACCACUGAAGCCACUUUACGCAUGGAGAACAUGGAGGUCAAAGAUGAGUGGCAGGACGACGAUUUCCCACGGCCUCUUCCUGAAGAUGGUGAUGUAGAUGGACUCACUGACAACACUUCUGUUCAUGGCGCUCUGGCGGCGGAUCAUGUGGAUUCUGUCCGGCAAAAGCGUCGCACGCUCAUCGCUCCGGAUAUCAACCUGUCGCUGGACAAAAGUGAAGGUUCACUUCUUUCUGAUGACUUUCUGGAAACUCCAGACGACCUGGACAUCAACGUGGACGACAUGGACACGCCGGAUGACGACUCUCUCGGCUCCAACAACAACGGCACCGAGCUGGAAUGGGAAGAUGACGCUCCAGUGGCCAGCGCGAAGGGUUCUGGUUCUGGUGACGGGGACGGGGACGGGACGGGGCGUCUGUGGAGGACGGUGAUCAUCGGCGAUCAGGAAAACAGGAUCGACAUGCAGGUGAUCCGGCCGUUCCUGCGCGUCGUCACACAUGGAGGUUACUACGGUGAAGGCCUGAACGCCAUCAUCGUGUUCGCUGCCUGUUACCUGCCCGACAGCGGCUGUGCCGACUACAACUACAUCAUGGAGAACCUCUUUCUGUACGUGAUCAGCAGUCUGGAGCUGCUGGUGGCUGAAGACUACAUGAUCAUCUAUCUGAACGGAGCCACGCCGCGCCGGAGGAUGCCGGGCAUCAGCUGGCUCAAGAGAUGCUAUCAGAUGAUCGAAAGACGGUUAAGAAAGAAUCUGAAAUGUCUGAUCAUUGCGCAUCCCUCCUGGUUCAUCCGCACAGUUCUGGCCAUCUCUCGACCCUUCAUCAGCGUGAAGUUCAUGGAUAAGAUCCGUUACGUCCAGAGUCUGGAGGAACUGGCUCAGAUGGUCCCCAUGGAGCACGUGCAGAUCCCCGAGUGUGUGUUACAAUGGGAAGAGGAACGAAUCAAAGUGCAGAGAGAAAGGCUUGAUGAACAGCCGGCCAGGACAUCAGAAAGGCCGCCCUCAGUUGCAGCGGAGGCCUGUCCCUGAGGCGUCUGAUUGGACACUCCUGAAGUCUGGGAUUCAUCUGUGCAUGUCAUUUCCCAAAGAUGAUCCUUUCAAGAACAAUCAUGUGGACACACACACUCAUCAACAUUUCAAGACGCUGGUGUUUCUGACUCCGUGUCUAAAGGGAAGUGUUUUCUCACACCCUGACCUUUGACCUGGAUCCCUUCACAAGCGGAGUAAGUGUGAACGAGAGAAAACAGACGCUCAUGGACUCUCUUUUCUAAUACUAGUUUUGUUUCUGAACUCAAACCUCAUCUGGUGUAACAGUCGCUUGUGUUGUACAGGUGUAAAGCGUGCUGUUUGAAACACUGGGAAACAACGCAGCACUUUACAGGUUUAAAGUCAAUAUGAAAUCAUGUUUGUCUGCAUAAUCUUUAAUUGGACAACUUGCUAUGAAAACGACUUUGUUAGCCAAUCGCCAAAUAAUUAUUCAGUCAUUGUUUAUGGCUGCAGUAAUUCAUCCUUUCUUAAAAUCUAGUCAGUGUUUAAUGCAGUUAUUCAACGCUGGUUAACAAUGAGGUCAAACAUUUUCAAAUAAGGAUUUCUCUUGAUAUUCAUGUUGACUUUCAAACUGGGUAAAUGUGGCACAAGUGCGACAGCAUCAAUGUCAGGCGUCAUGUUCACUGUGACUGUAAUACACGUCUUUAAUAGUUCAGAUUCAGAAGGCAGGGGACACUCUCUCAAAGUCAAAGUAGCGUUUAUAGAACGUGUGUUCAAAGUCAUCUGCUCUUUAAUAAUGUCAUCAAAACAUUAUAUAUGCAUCGUUCUCGCAGUGUUUUUUCUGGAACGUUUAGUUGGACGUUUUACUAACAUUUUUUAAAUGUAACUACUUGGUUUAGAAUGUUCAGAGAAGUAACAUUCCAAAUGGAAUCUUCCCCUUCAUACUGUUACAUCGCUGUCACAUGACCGUCACAUGACCUCAAACAAUGAUUUUCAGUUCGAAUAUUUAACAUUCUUAAAAUCAAGAUACGUUUUUAAAGCUACUCUGUUUUCCUGAAUUAAGGAGUUAAUUAUCUCAGAAUUACGAGAUAAUUUUUCAUGGAAAAAGGGUUUUUGCUAUGUUUUUCUGAAUUAACGAGUUAAUUAUCUCAUAUAUUUUCUUGAAAAACAUUUUUUUCUCUGUUUUAUUGAUUAAUUAGUUGCUCAUAAUUUUUGAGAUAAUCAAGUCAUUAAUUCAGAAAAACGGAGCAAAAACUUUUUUCCAUGAAAAAUGAUCUCGUGAAAAAAGAUAAAAGUUAAAACGUUUUAACUUUUGACAGUGAAGA